CUCCAAAAAUGCUAGCCCAACCACUCACCGACCAAACCCUCCUCCUCCUAGAACAACCCCUCAACAUCUCUGUCUUAUCAGGCAGCAUCACUGACAAAUUCAGCUUCGUGGCCAACCCCAUCUCUGAAGGAACCCUCACUAUUGAAUAUAGUGACUCAAGUGCAGCAGAAGGGAUGCGAAUAUUAGACUUGUACGAGAAAGCAAAGAUCCCGGCUCCAGUUGAUAAAGCCCAAGUUACUCAUCUUGGCAAUAAGAAUGAGAAGAAGGUCAAAACUUUCUUUGAUAAAUGUGUUAAAUUAAAGGAAUUUUCCCUUCGCCUUGAUGAGAUUCCUUGCUGUAAAUUCCAGAAACACCACUCCUUCCUUCUGAAAUCCCUUUCCUUUGUGACGAAUUCUGUAACUCUCUUCGGCUUAUCAAUCUCAGCUUAUUACUUGAAGAGGAUCCUCCUCUCAGCGAGGAAUGCUGAGAAGGUCAUAAUCUCUGAGUGUAUCCUUCAGACUGCCAAACUGGACUUCGGUAAUCCCAAGGUGGUUAGACUACAAGAACUCACCUUCUACGAGUGCUCUCAAGAGUCAUACCUGAUAGAAGGAAUUUAUGACAUGGCAGGGAACAUUCUUGGUGCUGCUUUAAGAUCAAGCCUGACUAAGAAGGGAAUGAAAAUUUGUUUUGAGGUAAAUGGACUUUAUUUUGAUCAUGACAGGAUUAAGAGAAAGAUUGGAGAUGUAGAGGAUGCUGAGAAGAGAUUGAGUAUUAGAGCAACAAUGUUCGAGACCACAUUCAAUAUCGCAAGCCAGGACGAAGAAUAAUUUUACAUCAAUUCAACACCAA